AUGAACAAUAUUUCAAAGAGAAAGAGACAUAUACUAGAAUUAGGAUUUUGGGUUCUUUUUUUCAAUGUCAAAAUCGAAUCCAAGUGUAGCAAAGGUUGCGAUCUUGCCUUAGCCUCAUAUUAUGUCGCACAAGGAUCAAAUCUCACUUAUAUCAGCAAGAUUUUCGCCCAAUCAAUCCCUGAAAUCCUCCGCCACAAUCCCCAGAUCUCAACAGGCGAUAGCAUUGAAACCGGGGCCCGAAUUGACAUCCCCUUUUCGUGUCUAUGCAUGAACGGUGACUUUUUAGGGCAUACUUUCAAAUACCAAACACAAGUUGGUGAUACUUAUGCUAAAGUUGCUAGAGACGUUUUUGCCAAUCUUACAAAUGAGUAUUGGGUACAAAGAGUCAACUUGUUUGAACCCACGCAGAUACCAGACUUUGCUUACAUUAACGUGACGGUAAACUGUACAUGUGGCAACAAACACGUGUCAAAGAAUUAUGGGUUAUUUGCAACAUACCCUCUUCGGCCAGAAGAAGAUUUGCAAUCCUUAGCCAAAGAGUCAGGGGUCCCACCGUUGUUAUUGGAGCGGUUCAACCCAAGUUUCGAUUUCAGUGCUGGUUCAGGACUAGUGUUUGUGCCAACCAAAGAUCAAAACGGAACUUUUCCACCAUUGAAGAUAAGCACAGGAGGAUUAUCUGGUGGUGCCACUGCUGGUAUAGCUGUUGGAGCGGUUGCUGUGGCCCUUCUCUUAGGCAUCUGCUUCUACUUUGGCUUUUACAGAAGGAAGAGGAUAGCGAAAGGGUCAUUACUCGAUGAAAAUGGAACCGAGCACCUUCAUGGUAGCAACUUGGGAAGAACCACAGAAUCAGGCCCUCUUAUCAGUGGUGCACCGCAACGCGUGGUGGGUAUAACCGUGGACAAGUCGGUAGAGUUCACAUUGGAGGAGCUUGCCAAGGCUACGGAUGACUUUAGCCUGGCUAAUAAGAUUGGUCAAGGUGGUUUUGGAGCCGUUUAUUAUGCAGAGCUCAGAGGCGAGAAAGCUGCAAUAAAGAAGAUGGAUAUGCAAGCAUCAAAAGAAUUUCUUGCUGAAUUGAAAGUGUUAACACAUGUUCAUCAUUUGAACCUGGUACGUUUGAUAGGAUAUUGCGUCGAAGAAUCAUUAUUUUUGGUCUAUGAGUUUAUCGAUAAUGGCAACUUGAGUCAACAUUUGCGUGGUUCAUCGGGGAGGCAGCCGGUUCCAUGGGAUACGAGGGUACAAAUCGCUCUUGAUUCAGCUAGAGGACUCGAAUACAUUCAUGAGCACACAGUUCCCAUGUACAUCCAUCGGGAUAUCAAGUCUGCUAACAUUUUAAUCGAUCAAAACUUUCGUGCAAAGGUUGCCGAUUUUGGGCUGACAAAACUCACCGAAGUCGGGAGCGGUUCUUUACAAACCCGUUUAGUUGGCACAUUUGGAUACAUGCCUCCAGAAUAUGCUCAGUAUGGUGAGGUUUCUCCAAAGGUUGAUGUAUAUGCUUUCGGGGUUGUUUUAUUUGAACUAAUAUCCGCUAAAGAUGCCAUCGUUAAAGCAAGCGAUUCCGUUACCGAGUCCAAGGGACUUGUUGGUUUGUUUGAGGAGGUCUUAAGCGCGUCCGAUCCAGGUGAAGGUUUACGCAAAGUGGUCGACCCAAGGCUUGGAGCCGAUUACCCUCUAGACUCGGUCCGCAAGGUAGCGCAGCUUGCUAGAGCUUGUACACAUGAAAACCCGCAACUGAGGCCAAGCAUGAGGUCGAUCGUGGUUGCGUUGAUGACACUUUCAUCGUCGACCGAGGAUUGGGACCUCGGUUCUUUCUACGAAAAUCAAGAUUUAGUUCAACUGAUGUCGGGAAGAUAGGGUAAGUUUGCGGUUUUUCCGCUUUGUUAAGGUUGUGCCACGUAAGCAUCCGAGUCAUAUGAUGUUGUGCCACAUAAGCAUUUGAGUCAGAUGAGGUUGUGCCACAUAAGAAUCUACUGGACUACCAAAAGACAUGGUAUGGGCAAAACUAUUUAGAGUCCCAUUCACUUGUAUAUUGUUUUGAUAUCAUGUAAUUAAUAGGCUUUUUCUUGAACAUCAAUUGUAAAGAAAUUCAAUUCU